AUGCAUCAAAAAGAUAAAUUUACCGGUACUUGUGUUGUAGAAGUUUAUUCAGGUAGACCAAUAUUUUUGCCAGAAUGGUGGAAUAGUUUAAAUUUUCAACAGAAAAGACUAUUAUCUAUAUUUAUUUUAUCAGAAAUUUGUUUAACAGCCAUGUUUAUUAUAUCUAUACAACGGGAUAGUUACUUUUUGCAUAAUUUAAAAUUAUUUGGAUUAUAUAAAUCUGGAUAUGGAAGUCGAAAAGUGGUAUACAAUUUAUCCUAUGAUGUUACUGUGGGUUAUUGGAGAUAUUCAGGUGAUGAAGAACCAGCUUAUAAAAAUCUUGAAAGACAUCCAUCACGUGUACAAGAUUCUCUAUUAGAGCAUUUACAUGUAGCCAUUGAAUUAUGGCAUUAUUGUACACAUUUAGCACAUCGUUCAUUAACAUGUUAUAAUUCUGCAUUUAUACUACUUACACUGGGUAUAAGUAUACUCUUUAUUAUCCCAUUUAUUGGUAUAUUUAAUCGUAUUAUCAUGAUUAAAUUAUCAAUAUGUAGUGGAAUAAUCUUGGUAUUUUCAUUAUUAUUGAUUACUGCAGCAACAAAAGAAUAUCGAAAUUGUAUUAUUAGUCGUGUAGACUCGGGUAAAGAACAUUAUCAUGGAAAGGUAGUAGAUGUUCCCUAUAAAGGAAGAUAUUUUUACCAACUUAUACUGUUGACUAUCAUACAUUUAUUGGAAAUACUGUCACUGGGAGUUUAUAUCUUCUGUUUGUAAUUUUGCCAGGAAUAAAACUGUUAGUCAGUAAUAGAAAUAACUUAUAAGGGGGCGAAAUGGAACAUUUUUUCCUGUUUUGCUUUCGUUUUCUGUCUUUUUUUGGUUGUUGAAUGGAAUUCAACUAAAAAGUAGAAUAAAAUCAAUAGUAUCCUAUCAUCUAGAUGAAGAUAUGUAUACAGUAGAGGAGAUAUGAAUCUAGACAAAGUCUACUUUUUAUUACAUAAGGCUUGAAACCUUAUCAUUAUCGAUAGUUAAUAAAUAUAUUCC